AUGAAUUCUUGUUCCUCUAUCGACAAUGUUCUAGCUCAUAUGAAUGGCGAAAAAUUACUCUCAGACUUUACAAGCGGAGAACUAUUGAGAAUUCCGUUGGAUUAUUUAUUGAAACAUGCAAAGUCCUUUGAACUUUUGGAUGCACGGGUCGUGCCUGCUGGCGUCCCAUUAGUCAUGGUUGAUAAAACCGGCCUGGAGCACGGCAGGCCGCUAAUAGCAGACUGCCAUGCACCGCCCUCUCACCCUGCUGCCAAUAUCACGUUUUUUGUGAAUGAUGAAAAGAAACUCGAAACCCCAGCAAUAGAGAAAGCAGCAGCAAUAAUGCUCAACGACCACAUUCAACCAAAUGAAAACAACAAUGUCGAUAUGGAACUCAACAAAUUAAAGCAAGCAGUAGAAACAGUAAAGAAGGAAAUAUUGAAACCGGACAAAAUAAAGAGAAAAUCUUGGAUGACGACAGAAAUAUUAAACUUGAUAGAAGAAAGAAGACAAAAUAAAGGAAAUCCAACAGAAAAUAAACGUGUACCAUGA